GGGAGAAGCAAAGCUAAAAAAGCCAAGAAUAACGAACAACCAACGCACCACAAUGCGGAAUCAGGUUCCAAAUAUUAAUACCAAUAAUAUUGUUGUUAUUAUUCAAUGUUUUGAUAUUCUCUCGCCAAUCAAUACCAUCGUUAAACCCAGAUUUUGAAGUCCAUCCCUUUCAAGUUUUGGGAGAAACCCAUCAGUUUUUCUCUCUGCCUCUGUGUUUAAGCAUCAUAGGGGUUUAGAUUCCUGGAGAAAGGUUCUGUUUUUUUUUUUUUGUCAGUGAUUUAAUGACUGGAAAGUUUUUCUGGAUGGUUUUGAGGAUUCACAUGGACUGUAAUGGAUGUUACAGGAAAGUAAGAAGAGCUCUUCUCAGUAUAAAAGAGUUGGAGGACCAUUUGAUAGAACAAAAGCAGUGCAGGGUAAGCGUUUGUGGAAAGUUUAGCCCUCAAGAUAUAGCAAUCAAAAUAAGGAAGAAGACCAACCGCAGAGUAGAGAUAUUGGAGAUUCAAGAGUGUGAUACCUUCACUGAAAACAAUGAUAUCCAAGGACCCUUCAUCAUCAAUGCCUGGAAAUGCCAAUCCAACUAUGACCAAGCUGAAAUUUGUUGUAAGCAUGAAGGUAACAAAGAAGAAAAGGAAGAAUUAGCUUCGUCUAUAACAUAAACUGUUCUUCAUCUUUCAUAUUAUUUUGCCAUUUUUAUGUGUCACACAUGCAAAUUACUUCAUAAAACCAUAUGCAUUUAGUUGUUUACCAGUCGAAUAACAUAUAGUUGAUCAUGUAA